AUGAUGAUCAAAGAAGUCAACAACUUCACCAGCGUGAUCGACAAAAGAUCCGUAGAUACGAUCAUCGAGGUAAAUGCUCUGGCUGUGGUUUGCAAUACUUUCAAGAGACGAAUUGGUGAAGGGGCAGAAUUUGAGAACACGGCAGGGUUCUCCACCAUUUCUGAUGGAUUGAUGGGUAUUUACCGGGAUCUCGUAGCCACCACCGGACGUAUGAUAGAUGUUCAGUCUGCCGCGGAACUGAGCGAUCAUGGGCUGGAACAUGGUUUGGCGACCAUUGAGACCAAGGUUGAAGUUUUGAAUACGAAGGUCCAAGAUCUGGAUGCUGAUCACGGAAUUUUGAUCUUGGGCCAGCAAGAAAUUGCUUGA